GUGACUGACGUCAUCCUCUCAUUCCUCACCGCCGCCUCCAUAGAUUCCCAUCUUCCCAAUGAUCUCAGAGACCUUUCCUCCUCCCUUUCGGCGCACUCAACCGUAUCCUAUAAGUCCCUGAGAACGAUAUGGUUCGGAUCCGAACGCGAAAGCCGACCCGAUUUGUCCUGUCUCUUCUCCGGGUCCAAUUUCAUAUUUACCAGCCCUAAUCCCCGGGAAAAGAGUGAGGAGUUGAAGGUGAGAUUGAGAAAGCUACAGGAGGCAGCUGAGAAGAAGGCGUAUGAAAAAUUGGUGAAAGACAUUACUCCUAGAAAGACUCUGGAAGAGCCAUUUUCUUCUUACAAGGAUCAGUUGGGCUUUGGAUUGCAUAUGGUGGUAACAAUGUUCACAGGAUACUUACUUGGAUACGCAGCAUUCAGGGCAUUGUUUGGCAGCAGUCCUGCUAUGAAUGCUGCUGGUGGCAUUCUUGGAUUGGUUGGGGCAAUGCUGGUCGAGACAUUUCUAUUUAUACUUAGAGCUUCUUAUCAAGUUCAACGCUCAUCUUCUUCCAGUUUCUCUUCGUCCAAUCUGAAGUUAAAAAAGAAUCAAUAGAUGCCGGAUUUAGUUUUGUACUUCUAGUUUUAGCGUGCUUUGGUUAAUAUGUCGGCCACUUAAAUGUAAACAACUGGUGUGUAAGUUUUGUAGAAAUUGUAUGUUAUUGGUUGGGAUUUCACAAAGGGAAAGAAAGGAAUAAAUUUUAUUUUAUGAUGUUGAAUGUGAUGCCAAAAAUGAUUGUUUCACGGUAAUUAUGAUAUUUUGUGAUUGUUAUAUA